AUGUAAGGUUUAACUAAUAUAGGCAAUACAUGCUAUAUGAAUUCAGUCCUUCAAAUGCUGUAUAAAUUAGAACAACUAAUGCUGGACAUUGAUGAAAUAUACACCAAUUCAAAAGAGAAUAGUUUUCUUAUUACUUAUUACUUCAUGGAAACAUUUUAUUUGAUGAAUAAUCACGAAAUGAAGCCUGAAUGGCUAAAUCAAUUUAGAUAAGUAAUUUGGUAAAUAACCCCUCUAUUAAUAAGCUCACAGUAUCCAUAAUUUAAGCUUAACGAAUAGUAAGAUGCAUAAGAAUUUUUACUAGCUCUUUUGGACAUGUUACAUGAAGAAUUAAGGAAUCCCUUGUCCGGAAAAAUACCUAUAUUUGAAUUUCAAUAAGAUGGUGAAGUAGUAUUAACGUCGCUCAUUAGUUAUAUUGAAUUUGAAAAGUCCCCAAUUACUAAACAUUUUGGAAAUAUCAUUCGAACUCAAAUCAUUUGCCAAUCUUGUAAUUAUAGCAACAAUAAACUAGAAAUAGCUUUCUCGCUUCUCAUUAACGUAGAAAGUAGUAAAAAUACAGUUUUAGAAAUGCUUUAACAAUCAUUCAAUAAAGAAGCAGUUAAAAUGAAAUGCCCUAAAUGUGAAUUGGAAAGAAGGUUUGAUAAAUAAACUACUGUCCUAAAAUAUUCUGAAUAGCUUCUUAUUUGUUUAAAUAGAUACAGAAUACCUGGAGGAUUAAUUGAUAGAUGGUGGAAUGGAAAUGAAAUAUAAAAAAGCACUAAAUCAAUUACUUUAACUAAUAAAUUAAUAAUGGGUAAAUGUGAGAAGAUUUUGAUUGGAAUAGUUGAUCACAGUGGUAGUAAAGAUAAAGGACACUAUCGCUAUUUUCAUUUAAGUGGUAAUGAUUGGGUCUGCUUUAAUGAUGCAAAAAUUAAUUUGCUUUGUGAACAAUCAAUUCAGAAAUUGAUUCACUAAAAUGAAACUUCUUAUAUUUUGCUUUAUUCUAAAUUAUCAUCAUGA